AUGGUUCGAGUGAUCGGCCAGAUUUUGCGACCAGAGCGACGGCGAAUGGAGGCGUCGGACGAACGCGAAAGCAAAAUGGAUGGUGGCGAUGAUGCAGACUGGAAGAGCGGCGUGGUCGUAGGGACGGUCGGAUUUCUUGGAUCUAAAAUGGCGUGGCUGGUCGGUCAGUGGAAGGUGGGCGGGCUGUCGGUUGCGGCCCAUCUGAGACUCCUCCUCCCAGCCGUUCCUUCUGUCUGGUGUGCAUGUCUCCACGUCAACAGUGUCACGUGA